AUGAGAAGUUUGCUACUUCCACAUGUGAAGAGGAAGGAUGCAAGCGAACAAGUCCACGAAGUGCUUCAAGAUUUCUUCUUUCUCCCGGCCGACGGCACCAGAGGUGGAAUCCUCCUCGCCUGGCGUGCUGACCGUGUCGCCCUGCAUAACCCAACCAUUGGCCUAUACCACGUGUCUGCUACCGUCUCCCCUAGCGAUGGAUCGCCCCCCUGGUGGAUCACCGGCGUUUACGGGCCUCAGGCCGUCGAGGACAAGCUGGCCUUCGUCUCGGAGCUGCACGAGCUGCGGGACAGUAUUGCAGGCCCGUGGGUGCUGGGUGGUGACUUCAACAUGAUUACCUCCCACGCGGACAAAAACAACGGAAGGGUUAAUCACCACACCAUGGGAAGAUUUCGUAGAUUCAUCUCUGACCACGCCCAUCGGGACAUUUACCUUUGCGGUCGCCGCUAUACCUGGUCGAAUGAGCAGUCCAACCCUGUCUUGGUCAAGAAUGAUCGCGUUCUCUGCACAGCUUCGUGGGAAGCAGCGCACCCCAGCCAAAUCCUAUCCUGCUUGGCCACGGUCACUUCCGACCAUUGCCCCCUGAUUCUACACUGCUCUCCCAAGGGCCGUGGCAAAAGGCGGUUCCGUUUCGAGCUUUAUUGGACCAAGCUGAAUGGCUUCCUCGAGACCGUGGACGUGGCCUGGAAUUCGCGAGUCCGCUUUACUUGGCUCAGCGAGGGCGACACGAACACCGCCUUCCUGAAGAUCCACGCUGCCCAUCGGGCCAACAACCAUAUCGACAGUUUCCAGGUUGGCCCCUUGCGUGUCUCCGGCGAGGCGGCUACGGCGCAGGCCGCCUUCGAGCACUUCUCCAGCAUUCUCGGAGCGUCCGUGGACAGACCGUUCUCCAUCAACCUCGAGACCAUCGACCAGCGCCACUUUGACAUGUUGGCCCUCGACCAGCCCUUUACCGAGGAGGAGAUCUGGAGCGCCGUCAAGCUCUUCCCGGCGGGCAAAGCUCCGGGCCCGGACGGCUUCAUCACUGAGUUCCUUCGUGCAUGCUGGCCUAUCAUAAAAGCUGACAUUUGCGCCGCCUUCGACAAACUCUAUGCGAUGAAUGGGCGCGGUUUCCACAAGCUGAAUGAGGCCUUCCUGACCCUGCUCCCUAAGAACCCGGACGCCUCCACACUCACCGAUUACCGCCCCAUCAGUCUGAUACAUCUUGUGGCCAAGCUCUUCGCGAAAGUGCUAUCCCUCCGCCUAGCUCCGCGCAAGGCCCAGGUGGUCUCCGUCAACCAAAGCGCCUUCAUCGCUGGGAGAUGUGUGCAUAACAACUUCCGGUUGGUUCAACAGACGGCACGGCAACUGCAUAAUCUAAAACUUCCUCGCCUACUCCUCAAGCUGGAUAUAGCAAAGGCGUUCGACAUUGUCUCUUGGCCCUUUCUCCUCGAGGUCCUCCGGCAUCUUGGGUUCGGGAGAAGGUGGUGUGAAUGGAUCUGCAUUCUCAUAUCCACUGCCUCCUCGCGCAUUCUCAUCCAUGGGAACCCAGGCCCUCCGGUUGAUCACGCGCACGGCCUUCGGCAGGGCGACCCGGCCUCCCCGCUCCUCUUCCUGAUCGUCAUCGACACCCUGCACUCCCUAUUCCAGCACGCCGUGCGCCCGGCCUGCUCCAGCGGCUCACACCCCGCCAUGCGGCUUCCAGCAUCUCGUUGUUUGCCGACGACAUGGUCAUUUUCUGCCACCCGACGACCCAGGAAUUGA